UUUCCGGAUAAAAAAGUGAAAAAAAAAAAAGCAAAAACAACAAAAAGUGAUCUGGCACCAUGAGAGUUUACGCAUGCGCACUCGCAACACAAUCAGCCAUCUUUGAGUUUCCACGGGUUUCCGGCAGCCGAGCACGUCAUCCUCAUUGACAGCAAAACACGCAAUCAUUAAUAACAAAAACAACAUAUUGGCUUAACAGGAAAGUUGCUUAGAUAACUGAGUUGUUGUUUAAAGCAACGAAACCAGUGGGGAAAAAGCAAUACUACCUUUAUUCUAGUGAACUCUCGCCCAAAUUUCAGAAACCUGGGCGAUUUGUUAUCGUUGUGGUGUCGAAAAGACACCGCCUCCUCCUCCUCGGCUUCUAUCGAAUUGUUUUGGUUCUUCUUCUUCUUUCCUUCCUUAGCAAGUACUGUUUAUUGUUUAUAUACAACAGAUCUCACCGUUUCGGUGAGGAAAAUCCAGAUACCAAAAAAAAAAAAAAAAAAAAAAAAAAAAAAAAAAGACCCCCCCUUCCUACGAAACACCCAAAACAACUACAAAAGGACCUGAAGUAGUUUUUCAUAUUCCAUUCGAUGCCUGCUGUUUUGUUUUUUUUGAGUUUUGGAGUAUUGUCCUUUUCCGCUUCUUCUCCUCUUUCCCGAUACCUUCUCGGUUAGUUAUGUCCACUUAUGGUCCAACUACUUUGCCCACCGCCACUGCUGACAACAACAACGGCAACCACCCCGUCUUUCAUUCAGCUUCUGUCGCCUCUCCUAAGGCCACCACAAACUACAAUAACAAACAAGGAUUUUGGAAAAAAAGUACAAUAACACCAGUGCCUGGAAGUAUCAAGCCAGUUUAUGGCGCACAACACCCACCACGUAUUGAACGACCUAUCAGUAACCCAGGAACACCAAAGAAAGAUGACAAGCUAAAAAACAAGUCAAAGGACGCCUUCCAGGACUUUGAAAAUGAGACAUCAGAUGCUUGGGAUGAUGGCGAUGAUGAUCUAAUAUUGAUGGCCACUGUUCAAAUGUCCUUAAAGGAUGUCCAGUCGACUGCACGUGCUGUACUUGACAAUCACAGUAAACAGUUUCAAGCCCUUAAUGGUACCUCACAGGGAUCUCCAGUUAAAUCCCCAUCAGGAUGUCACAUGACUGCAAUUCCGUCAGCUAUUUCUUUAGGUGCUGGACCGGGUGUAGGUGUGCGUCUCAACAGUCACUGGCAGCCUCCUAGAAUUACGCCUUUGCGAUUUGGUCAGCCAUCAGUACCAGAUCGGGAAUCUGCUAAACUAGAAAAAUUUCACACUUUACUAACAUCAUCAAAUGCAGAUUUAGAAGAAUUACGUAAACUCAGUUGGUCUGGCAUCCCAAAAUCAGUGAGACCCACAGCAUGGAAAAUUUUAUCUGGUUAUCUUCCUGCAAGCUAUGAUCGGAGACAGCCCACUUUAGAACGUAAGCGGAAGGAAUAUUUCAGUUUUGUUGAACAGUAUUAUGGGACACGACAUCAAGUUGAACAUCAAGAUACGUUUCGACAGAUUCUUAAAGAUAUCCCUCGAAUGACUUCUGUUGCACACUUGUUCCAGCAGAAUGCCGUGCAGGAAAUAUUUGAAAGAAUCCUGUUUAUAUGGGCCAUCCGCCAUCCAGCCAGUGGCUAUGUACAAGGAAUUAAUGAUCUUGUAACGCCGUUUUUUGUUGUCUAUCUUUCUGAGUACAUUAGCAAUGAUAUAGAAGUGGAGAACUGUGACUUAAGCAAGCUCUCAGCUGACACAUUAAACAUCAUCGAAGCCGACAGUUUCUGGUGUACAACGAGAUUACUGGAUGGUAUCCAAGACAACUACACAUUUGCUCAACCUGGUAUUCAGAUGAAAGUGAAUGCUUUGAAAGAAUUAGUGAAACGGAUAGAUGUUCCAUUAUAUAAACAUUUAGAAAAACACAAUGUAGAAUUUCUCCAAUUUGCCUUCCGAUGGAUGAACAACUUGCUGAUGAGAGAAAUUCCUUUGCGCUGUACCAUUCGUUUGUGGGACACUUAUCAGGCAGAAAUAAAUGGUUUUGCAGAUUUCCACCUUUAUCUCUGUGCUGCCUUUCUUACACGGUUUUCCAUUGAUAUUCAACGUGAAAAAGAUUUUCAGGGUAUACUGAUGUUUCUCCAAAACCUUCCCACUCACCACUGGCAGAAUGAAGAAAUUGGCGAGUUAUUGGCCGAGGCGUUUAAGCUGAAGUAUAUGUUUGCCGAUGCUCCCAACCAUUUAGUUCAGAAGUCAUGAUGUCCUCACUACUGUUGAAAAACUGCUAAGCUGACUGUUGAAAAAAAUAUAUUUAAAAGAAAAGCAGAACAAAUGAACAAAAUAAUACUACUACUACUACUACAACAACACCAUGAACAAUAAUAAAAUCAAGCUUUCGACUUUAAUUUUGCUUCAUUUUGGUCAAGCACUUGUCGAAAAUUUUGACCAGAUGUCUUUAUCGCAACCUCCUUAUCUCUCUCUCUUUGCUUCUCUCUCUUCCCCCUCUCUCUCUCUCCCCUGUUCAUGCACGACUCACAUUUGCAGUUGUGUUUAUCUACAGGGCUUGCCCCUAAUCAAAAGACUUUUCCCAGUGAGAAGGCUUUUUUUUUUUGGUACCACAGAAAGAUUGUUUUUACCUGUGUAAAGAACUAAACUGGUUUCAUCGUUACCUUCUGUGAUACUAUUAUAGGUUGAUGCUGUGUGGGUGUGGGUUCACACAGGUACUUGUAUUCACACUGACAUUCUCAUAUAGACGAUUGCACAUAUGUAUGCAUAAUCAGAUGUGCACACAGAUGUAUAUGCAUAUGUACACAAUGCACAUUUAUACCUAUAUAUAUCCAUAUAUAUAUCUCCAUAUAUAUAUUUAUAUAUAUAUAUAUGUAUUUAUACAUACACAAAUAUAUAUAUAUAUUUAUACAUACAUAUAUAAAUAUUCAUACAUAUAUAUCCAUAUAUAUAUAUAUAUAUAUAUAUAUAUAUAUAUAUAUAUAUAUAUAUAUAUAUAUAUAUAUAUAUAUAUAUAUAUAUACACACACACAUAUAUAUCCAUAGAUAUACAUUGUGCACAACAUACACAUAUUUCAUAUGAAUAUGCAUACACAUACUCACACACACAUACUUAAUAUAUGAAUGUGAGGCAUACUUACAGAUAUUUAUAUGCACACACACACACACACACACAAAUAUGCACAUAUGCAUAGACAUCUUCCACAAACCUGAGAUGCAUCAUUACUGUUCCUGUGGAAAUGCACCUGACUUCUGCUGCUAUCGUUGCAUGUCUGUCCUGAUGAUGAUGAUACACCAACACUCACCCUCUUGCUCACACACUCUGUAGUAAAUGGUCAUCACAGACAGACAGACAGAAUUGAGAUCUUCACGGCACCAGUGUUUCUGCCGUGCAAGUUCUUUUGUGCAGUUGGCUCCCUCAAUACAGGUCCAGUGUUUUGCCAUCUGUUGGAUGUCCGAAUGAAUGAGUGAGGUCUCUUCACUGAAAUUAUCCGCUUUGAGUUAACAUUCAGAAGAAGCACUCCUGCCGAGGUCAACUUUGCCUUUCAUCUCUCCAGGGUCAAUAAAAUAAAGAAUCAGUCGGUUACUGGCAUUGAUGAUAGCAACUGUAACCUCCCCGCUGUCACCUCAAAAUUGCUGGCCUUGUGCCUAAAUUAGAAACAGUUAUUAUAACUGUAUGUUUAUUAUUAUAAUGAUGAUGAUAAUGAUAACCGUUGUCUGUGUGUAUGUAAAUGCAUAUAUAAAAACUUUGUUUUUAUAUAUAUUUUUGUAAAUGACACUGGAUUGUUAUAGAUCCUCAUUGACUUCAAAGGGUGUAUGCAAAAAAAAAAUUAAAAUGCCACAUCAAAAUCAGCAUCAUAAUAAAAUGAAUGAUAAUAAUAAUAAUAAUAAUAAUGGUCACUCCUGUCAAUUUUGGCAUAUGAGUGUUUGAAGGAGAGGAUUUAGAAAAAGAAAAAAAGAUGAAAAAAAAUUAUCAUUUUAAUUAUUAUUAUAUUAAUCAUUAUUAUUAUUAUUACUAUUUCAAGGCAGUGAGCUGGCAGAAUCGUUAGCACACUGAGCAAAAUGAUUAGCAGCAUUUAGUCUGUCUUCAUGUUCUGAGUUCAAAUUCCACUGAACUCAAUAAAUUAAGUACCAGUGAAACGCUGGGGGUCAAUGUAAUCAACCAGUCCCUUACCCGAAAAUUUCAAGCCUUGUGCCUUUAGUAGAAAGAAUUAGUAGUAUUAUUUUUCUUUUCAGUAAUAAUAAUAAUAAUAAUCCUUCCUACUAUAGGCAGAAGGCCUGAAUGUUGGGGGAGGUGAUAGUUGAUUAGAUCGACUCCAGUAUGCAACUGGUACUUAAUUUAUUGACCCCAAAAGGAUAAAAGCAAAGUUAACCUUGAUGGGAUUUGAAUAUCAAAAUAAUACUAAUAAUUGAAAUGAUAAUGUUGAUUAAUAUAAUGGCACUGAUUUCUUGAAAAUUUUUUUGAUAAUGAUAAUAAUUAAAAUAAUAAAUAAAAUAUGUUGAAAUUGCUCUCUCUCUCUCUCUCUCUCUCUCUCUCUCUCUCUCUCUCUCUCUCUCUCCCA